UGAUACUUGCUCUUUCUUUUUCUUUUCAGUGAAGCGAAAACACAGAGAAUACCCUUAGAUCUUUGCAGAAUUGUUCACAAAUAUAUAUAUAUAUAUAUAUAUAUAUAUCCGAUGGCGACGUACUUUCAUGGGAACCCCGAAAUCCAAACAGCCGAUGAUCUUCAGACCCUCGUACUUAUGAACCCUGCCUAUGUUCAGUACUCCGACACCCCUCCGCAGCCGUCAAACAACCUGGUUUUCCUAAACUCCCUCUCUCCUAACGCUCCAUCUUCCCACGCUCAGCAAUUCGUCGGCAUCCCUCUACCUACCACCACCGGUGCCAGCCAAGACGCGGUGUCCCCCUUGCAUGGCCUCCUACAGCGCGUCCAUUACAACUUGUACAACCCUAUCGACCCUUCUGGACCGGAACGUGACACCCGACGCGCUCAGCAGGGACUGUCUUUGACCCUUUCUUCCCAACAGCAACCGGGUUACGGAUCACAGGGUCAAGAAGUUUUGGGUGAGGACAUGCGGGUUUCAGCUGCUUCAGUUUCGGCGGUGACCAACGGUGUUUCAGGUAUACAAAGUGUCCUGUCGAGCUCUAAAUAUUUGAAGGAUGCUCAAGAGCUUCUUGACGAGGUUGUUAAUGUUAACAAUAGUGGGAUUACAAAGAGUGAAAUGUCUAAAAAGGGUUCUAGUGGAACUAAUAGCAAUAGCAGUAAGGCAACCGGAGAAUCAUCGGCGGUGGCCGAAGAUGACUCUGCAGGUGGGAAGCGCGGUGCGGAGCUGAGCACGGCUGAGAGACAAGAAAUUCAGAUGAAGAAAGCAAAGCUAAUUAGCAUGCUUGAUGAGGUGGAGCAAAGGUACAGGCAAUACCAUCACCAAAUGCAGAUUGUGAUUUCCUCAUUUGAGCUAGCAGCUGGAAUUGGGUCUGCGAAAACAUAUACAGAUCUGGCAUUAAAGACCAUCUCAAAGCAGUUUCGAUGUUUGAAAGACGCAAUAAUAGUUCAAAUUCGAGGAGUAAACAAGAGCUUAGGUGAAGACGAUUGCCUUGGAGGGAAGACAGAGGGAUCGAGGCUCAAGUUCGUGGAUCAUCAGCUUCGACAACAAAGAGCACUUCAGCAGCUGGGGAUGAUCCAACACAAUGCUUGGAGACCUCAAAGAGGAUUACCAGAAAGAUCAGUUUCUGUUCUCCGAGCUUGGCUCUUUGAACACUUUCUCCACCCGUAUCCUAAAGACUCAGACAAACACAUGCUAGCUAAACAAACAGGGCUUACCAGGAGCCAGGUGUCUAAUUGGUUCAUAAAUGCUCGAGUCCGGCUUUGGAAGCCAAUGGUUGAAGAGAUGUACUUGGAGGAAAUCAAGGGGCAAGAACAGAAUAACGAAGAUUCAGCAUCCAAAUCCACUGUCCCAGAGAAAAGUCCAGCACCAGCAGAGAACCAGGCUAAAAGUUCCUCCAUGGCUCUUCUUGAAGGAAAUGCACAAAACCAGUCAGGGUUUUCCUUCAUUGGCUCAUCCGAAUUGGAAGGGAUCACCCAAGGAAGUCCCAAGAAACAAAGGAGCACCGAAGCGCUAUUGCAGUCCCCAGCUAGUGUGCCAUCAAUAAACAUGGACAUCAAGCAAAGAGAGGCAAACGACGAGGUUUCCAUCAAGUUUGGCAAAGAGGGCUACUCAUUUAUGGGGACUAAUACGUGUUUCAUGGGAGGUUUCGGCCAAUAUCCUAUCGGAGAAAUGGCGAAGUUCGAUACAGAACAGUUCACUCCCAGGUUCCCUGGUAACGGUGUUUCACUCACUCUUGGUCUUCCCCACUGUGAAAACCUCUCAUUGUCCGCAACUCACCAAACUUUUCUCCCCAACCAAAGCCUGCAAAUGGGGAGGAGGCUCGAUAUUGGUGAACCAAAUGAGUUUGGUGCCAUAAACCCUUCCACACCUCACUCUUCUGCUGCAUACGAGAACCCAAAAAGGUUUGCCGCGCAAUUGUUACCCGACUUUGUUGCCUGAUGAAUAUGAUUCAAAUUCAGAUUGAAGAACUUACAGGGGAAGAAGGGUUUCAGGCUGUCAUUCAGGGAACGAGGAAAAUGUAUGGUUUAAAGAAAGAAGAAAAUUCAGCUUUAGUAUAGAUUUUAUACUUCUGAUAGCAAUAUUUGAGUCCUUAGCCAGAUUAGGAUGUCAGGCAUAUAUUUUGAGGAUUGUAUAUAAAUUUUGUAAGUUUUGGGGAUUGGUAUCAUAAAUUAGUUACUUGGGUAUACAAGUACAUCAAUUUGGGUGU